UCAGGAGACUAGUUAUAUAUAUUUUUUUAUUAUUAUUUCUUUUAUUUUUUAAUACGUGUGUUUGUAAUUAGGACAUAUAUUUCCUCUGGAUGUGAUGCAUAGUCUAAGGACUUAAUUUGUAGUAGCGAUUCGUGCAGGGACUUGAACAAGGAACGUGGGAUUGAAUUGCGCAGUUAUCCUCCAUGGACUCUGUCAUGUUCCAAAGUCAAAGGGAGUAAUGAGAGUGGACCGAUUACUAGAGCUUGCUCACUCAACAUGCAUGCUGUGUAUUCUGCAUUGCUUAACCAUUGGUUCAGGUUCACCUCACAACGUAAUUAUAGUCGUCCACCGCAGCAAUGUUUUUCAUUUGUUGAAAGAGAGGCAAAAGACACACGUACAUAAAUGGACAACGUGUUAAUAUGUUGCAUAGUUUUAAAGAGAUGACCCCGGAUCUUUCCCUCUUCUAUUUAACAGUGUGUUGCAGGUGAUCACUGUUAAAGAAUAAAAAAGGGGGGAUCAAAAUAUAAAAACCAUUAAAAGCUGUGUAAAAUGUCCAAGGGAGAGUAUCAGUGAUACAUUCAAUGUGGUUUUUCAAACUUUAUGUAAAGAGUGAAGCGACGUCUGAGCUCAUGGGAUUGUUUUUAACGGGGUUAUACCUUAUUUGGGUUACAUUCAUAGCGUUCAUUGUCAUAUAGUGUUAUACUUUCUGAUGUACUGCGUGCGCUAUUGGUAAUAAUUUCGCCUGAUUUGAUUAAAAUGAAUAACAGUGUCACUACUCCAGCAGUAUUAAUCAGGAUGAUAAUAAUACUAAUAAUGCUAAUAAUAAUAAUGAUGAUAAUAAUAAUAAUGAUAAUAAUAAUAAUCUUACCUUUAAAACGCCAUAACACUAUGAAAUGCACGUCACUGAGUGCUCUGUGUAGUUUGUGCUAUGUCUUUUUAAGGAGCUGUAGCUGUUUUGCUAGCCUACCACCAGCCCAUAAACAUAAACACACACUGCACAUAUCUCUCUAAUUGUCAUAAGCCAGCAAACAAGGAUCUGUUACUGGUUUUCAUAGUGCGCCUGUGGUGUUUGAAAAUUAUUCGUUUGAACCUCCUCGAUCUUACCUAAAGCCAACCACUCCUACACAUUCAACUCUUCCAAAUUGAUAUAUGACAAUAUCUACUUUCGAUCACGUGUCUGCGGGGCGACUUAGACGGAUUGCGCGUCAUCUCGCCUUCCCAAAUUUUUCCCUUCUGCUGCAGCUCGUAUCCAAAACAUCUAUCUAUAGUACGGAGUACGAGAGAGAGAGAAAGAUGUUUAACUCGGUGAAUCUGGGCAACUUCUGCUCUCAGACGCGCAAAGACCGGACAUCCGAGUUUGCGGACAGGACAGGCUGCGCGUCCAAUAUCUACCUCCCCAGCUGCACCUACUACGUCCCCGAGUUUUCUGCCGUCUCUUCGUUUCUUCCACAGGCCCCGUCCCGGCAAAUCAGCUACCCUUAUUCCACAAAUCUGUCUCAGCCGGUACGGGAAGUUUCAUACGGCUUGGACCCUGCUAGUAAAUGGCACCACAGAGGCAAUUAUGCGUCGUGCUACUCGGGAGAGGAUCUGGUGCAUAGGGACUGUCUUCCACCAUCCACCAUGACAGAAAUGCUUAUGAAGAACGAGAGUGUGUACAGCCACCACCAUCACCAUCACACUCAUCCGGGCUCCAAUCACCCCUCCACAGGUUUUUACUCCGGCGUGGGGAAAAACAACGUCCUUCCGCAAGGGUUCGACCGCUUUUUUGAGACCGCAUACUGCAGCAGCACGGACAAUCAGUCAGACAAUUGUUUACAAAAGGGCGAAGGGGGGAAGCUCCAAAGCGAUUCCCAACAGCAGCAGCAGCAGCAGCAACAACAGCAGCCAACAGCCUCUGUAGCCGGAGCUCCUGAGCAGGAAAAAGACCCAGAAGAUGAGGAGGAACAUACAAAUUCAGGCUCUUGUACCUCUUCCUCCGCAACAACCAAGGACGGCAACGCCAGCAAGAGCAGCCACUCGAGCGCACCUCGGACAAGGAAGAAGAGGUGUCCAUAUUCCAAGUUUCAGAUUCGAGAGCUGGAGCGGGAAUUCUUCUUUAACGUUUACAUCAACAAAGAGAAAAGGCUUCAGCUUUCCCGAAUGCUAAACCUCACCGACCGCCAGGUUAAAAUUUGGUUUCAGAAUAGGAGGAUGAAAGAGAAGAAGCUGAGCAGAGAUCGUCUCCAGUAUUUCUCUGGAAACCCCCUAUUGUGAGCAGGAGCAGAGGGUGCCACGGUCCUGGACGGUGGCAUUAAGGCCUCCUCUGAUCUCAUUGAAUUGUAAUCGUGGGCAUAACCAUUUUCUAAAGGAGCCCAUAUCACCAACAGUGCAAUGUUAAAGUGGACAGUGGAAGACAUAGGCCUGCAUAGGAUAAAGUCGCCAUUUUCUUAUUGUCCUUAUACGGACGGCGAUGAAUUUCUAUAGCUGGUUCUCAUAAAGGCCUACAUGGUUAGAAUAAUCAUUUAUAUGCUGUUCUUGAAUAUGUCCCUCUAUUUAUCACGAUUCUCCAUUGUGUUUAUUCUACUGUUCAUAUAGACAUAUUUGUUAAAAUGUCAAAUGUAACAUACAGUUUGAAUCCUUAUUGCGCAGACAACGUUUAGCUCUUACCCCUCCUUCUGGUCUAUGUAUAUAGCAUAUCCUUAUCUAAUUAUUUCUCGACCAGAGUACGAACAAGUUCUAGAAAAUCUCCAGGCUGCAUUUUGAGAACUGUGACGUCCAAUCUGUGAAAGUAUACUCCCCUACACCCCUUGUACAGAGCAGCCUAUGCAAUGUGCAUUUGUGAUUGUAAAUAGGCGUAUGUUGAAUUUCCUUUCCCUUAUCCCUGCUGCUACUUUUCAGUACACUGCCAUGCAGCCAACAGCUUUAACGCCAACUCUCGUUAAAUUAUUUGCUUUAAACAUUGGUGCUUCGGAUUCCAGAGAGGAGGAAACAGAUUGCCAGCCUGUGUAUCAUAAACAUAAUACCUAUGAAAUAAACAGAAACGUAUAGGCAAA